GCGCAGUGGCUAACGAACCUUUCCAUUUUUGUUACCCACAUGUGGCCCACUCCAUGGGCCUGCACGUACCUAACAAAUGGCCGGGCCUCGCGCCUGCGUGCCAUGGGUCGUCUCCUCAAAAUCUUUCGUCGUACGGAUCGCUCUCCUUCCUCUUUUUAAGAAGAAGAAGAUCAGAUCACCAAAAGCAAUUUCAAGAAAGAAAGGAAAAUCAAAAUUUUUUCUUUUUUCUUUUUUUGUAAAGGGACUCUCUACCUCUCGAGGCGUUCUAGGGUUACAGAGAUCAUUGAAAACACGGUAACGAAUCAAAGAAGGAGAAGCUGCAGGAUCAGGAUCUUGGAGGAUCCGUACAAGUUCAGGCAUUCUUCUUGUUUUCAGGAUGGGGAAGGUGACGGUAGGAGUGGCCGUGGUAUGCGCUGCGACCGUGGUGGCAGUGGGCACGCUCGUCGUGCGGCGCAGGAUGCAGAGCACCAGGCGGUGGGCCCGGGUGAUGGAGAUAGUGAGGGAACUCGAGGAGGAGUGUGCUGCCCCGAUCGGGAAGCUGCGGGAGGUGGCGGAUGCAAUGACGGUCGAGAUGCAUGCUGGCCUCGCAUCUGAAGACGGGAGCAAGAUCAAGAUGCUCAUCAGCUAUGUCGACAAUCUACCGACUGGGGAUGAGAAAGGGUUAUUUUAUGCAUUGGACCUCGGUGGUACAAACUUCCGUGUGCUACGUGUGCAGCUGGGUGGGAAGGAAGGACGUGUUCUUAAACAGGAAUUCAAAGAAGUGUCCAUUCCCCCUCAUUUGAUGGUUCAAACUUCAGAUGAACUAUUUAAUUACAUUGCUGCAAAACUUGCAGAAUUUGUCUCGACAGAAGGUGAAGGUUUUCAGCUCUCUGUCGGUAGGCAGAGGGAACUUGGUUUUACGUUUUCUUUUCCAGUGAAGCAAGCAUCAAGUGCUUCUGGCACUUUGAUUAGGUGGACGAAAGGCUUCUCAAUUGAAGAUGCGAUUGGGAAAGAUGUGGUGGUUGAAUUGACAAAGGCCAUGGAAAGACAGGGUCUUGACAUGCGUGUGGCUGCACUUGUCAAUGAUACAGUUGGAACACUGGCUGGAGGUAGAUACUGCAAUAAUGAUGUUGUCAUUGCUGUAAUCUUGGGUACCGGAACAAAUGCUGCAUACGUAGAGCGUGCACAUGCAAUUCCUAAGUGGCAUGGUCUUCUACCUAGAUCAGGAGAGAUGGUUAUAAACAUGGAGUGGGGAAACUUCCGGUCAUCCCAUCUUCCAGUGACAGCAUAUGAUCAGGCAUUAGAUGUGGAGAGUUUGAACCCGGGUGAACAGAUUUUUGAGAAGAUAAUUUCAGGUAUGUAUCUGGGGGAGAUUGUACGCAGGGUCCUAUAUAGGAUGGCUAAAGAAGCUGCAUUUUUUGGUGAUGAUAUUCCACCAAAGCUCAAAAUUCCAUUCAUAUUGCGGACGCCUGACAUUUCUGCCAUGCAUCAUGACACGUCACCUGAUCUCAGAGUAGUUGGGGAGAAAUUGAACGAUAUUUUGGGGAUUGCCAGUUCCUCCCUGAAAAAACGAAUAGUUGUUGUCGAGCUUUGCAACAUUGUCGCCAUGCGUGGGGCCCGCCUGGCUGCGGCUGGGAUCUUGGGCAUUCUGAAGAAACUGGGAAGGGACACCGUAAGGGAUGGCAAGAAGCAGAAGACGGUGAUAGCCAUGGACGGUGGGCUGUUUGAGCACUAUACCAAGUUCAGUGAGUGUUUGGAGAGCACCCUGAAGGAGUUGCUCGGAGAUGAGGUAUUGGACAGCAUAGUCAUUGAACACGCCAAUGACGGCUCAGGCAUUGGUGCAGCCCUCCUUGCAGCUUCUCACUCCCAGUACCUUGAGGUCGAGGAGCCCUGAGAAAUGCUCAUAUGGAACUCCCAUGAAGUACGUCCUCAACCAUCUUAAAAGAAAGGGGAAAAUAAAAAAUCUUUCUUUAAGCAGUUUUGAGUCCCUUAUUUUUAUUUUUAUUUUUUAUAAGUACGGAGAUCCCUUAACUUAUGUGCAUGCUACGUGCAUUGACAAGAAUCGGCUGUCGUGAGUUGUAUAAUUGCAGGACUUGGAAGUGGGCCAUGUUCUUCCAGCUCUGGUCUGCUUGCCGUCCAUUUUUUUUUUCCUUCUUUACUGGCAUCUUCCUCCUAAGUGGAUUUGCAAGGUAAUGUAGGUUUAUAGUCAUUAUACUUAUUUCUGUUAUCCCCUGAAUUUGAGUAGAAAAGGAAUAAGCAGCUGUUCAAUGGAGUUACUCGGUAACAAUAAAAAGGUUUUUUGCGAGAAGGCUUUAUCUAA